CCCCACUCGCAACUAAAAUCAGGGUCGCAAAGCUUCAUCACGAGGAUAUUGUUUUACGGCAUAUUCUUCCGCCCGGGCCCUCCUUUGUCAAUCUUUUUUUGUUGCGCUUCACUCUCUUUUCCCUCUCUUUCUCUCUCUCUUCCUCUCCUCUCUUCGCUCAUUUCGUCACUCUCUAGCCAAGUUCGAUCGAAUCAAAAAAAGUCAGCCGGGAGAAUAGACAAAAACAACUUCACUCUUUUACGUGUCCUUGUUCUCCCCUUUCUUUCCUCGAAUCUCCCGUCACGAGUUCACUCUUUAAUUACCAGAACCCGAAAACAAACCGCAGCCAUGUUCAAGCGCUCAGUCCGGUCGCAAGACCCAAACCGCGUCGACAAGUCUGCGAGACUAAAGAGAUCGGGCUCCCACCGGGACCAUGUCAAGAUGUCGAAACUGCAGAGAUCGCUCAACGAGCGGGACACGACUCCCCAGCAGCACCAACACCAAAAGUCUCCCGCCGCCGCGCCCUCCCCCUCGCCCAUCGUGACCCUCACCGUGGGCCGUGACGGCCGGCUCUUUGCAGCGCACGAGGAUGUGCUCCGCCAGUCGCCCUUCUUCGAGGCCGCCUGCCGCGGAAGCCCCUUUGAUGCGCAGAGCAAGAGGAUCUCCCUCCCCGACGAAGAACCCGAGGUCUUCUCGGCCGUCCUCGAGUACCUGUACAAGGGUGACUACUACCCACGCCUGCUCCACAACAGGCACCGAAACUCUUGGGAGCUCGAGGACUACGGUCGAACACCUCAGUCAUCCCCCAACCCCGAAACCGGAGGUGGCCGCGCCGGCGAAGCCUCCGUCUACCUGUCCAGCCUGGGCGUCGAAAUCCUCCGCGACACCGUCAUCUACUGCGCCGCCGACCGCUACGGCCUCGAAGAGCUAAAGCGCCUGGCCCUGCGCAAGCAGGGUCUCCAGGCCGGCAUCGACGUCGCCACCAUCCUGCGAUCCGCCCAGUACGCCUACACCCACACCCCAGACUCGGACAGCCGCCUGCGCGCUCACUACCUCGCCCUGAUCAUCCGCUGUCGCAAGACCUUCAAGCGGAGCGGGACCAUGCAGGCCGAGAUGGAGGCGGGCGGCAGCAAGCUCUUCUUCGACCUGUUUGUAGCCAUGUGCAACCACCUGGACGAUGUCAUUGACGUCAGCAAUGCUCGGACGCCAAAGACUGUCUGA